ACAUACGAUCUACGUUCAAGGCCACUUAUCCAAUGGCGUGAGCUGGAGAAGCUUUGUCCUCUUCGCGCGAAUGUAAGAAUGUGGGCACUCUUAGCGUAGUUUUCUAGCGCUAGCUCUCCCAUGCUUUGAUCUCCCAUUUCCUCCCGAGAGAAGAGAAGGGAGAGAUUCGCAAGAUGGGCGCAAGGAUCUCCUCCGAGAAGGCCGCUAUCGCGGAAGCCAAGGAGCUGACCGAGCUGGAGAAGAAAGAGGGCACCGAGUUCCCAGGCUCGGACUACCGCAGCGACAACCACAAGGAAUGGAUGUCGACGCUGGAGCUGGGAAGGAUCAAGGUGAGAGACGUGCUAUGGCCGGGAACUCACGACUCCGCCACGGACAAGAUUGGAAUCUAUGGCGUGUCGCGGCCAUUCGCGCAGUGCCAGUCCCUCUCGAUCUACAAGCAGCUCUGCCAGGGAGUCCGCGUGUUUGACAUCCGGGUGGAGAGCACUGGAAGAGUUUGCCACGGCAUUCUCAAGAGCUACAAAGCCGACACUGUCAUCGCCAGUCUCAAGAAGUUCCUCUCCGAGACAAAGUCCGAGGUGGUGAUCCUGGAAGUGAGGACCGAGUUUGGCUACGAUGAUCCUCCCGAGUAUGACAAGUGGCUGGUCGACCAGAUCGGAGCUGACAACCUCGUCACCCACGACGCCAACGUUUUCGACAAGACGCUCGAGGAGAUCCUGCCCAAGAGAGUGAUUUGCAUCUGGAAGCCGAGGAAGACCGCGGCUCCAUCGCCCGGGAGCUUGCUCUUCAGCUCGGCCUUCCUCAAGGAUAACUGGACCGACACCGAUCUUCCACUCGCCAAGUUCAACGCGAACAUGAAGCAUCUGGGAGAGCAUCCGGCGAACAAGGAUCGAAAGUACUUCUAUCGCGUGGAGAACACUUGCACGCCGCAGGUGACCAGCGCCAUCCUUUGCGUCUAUCCGGUGACGAACAGGAUCCGGCCGAGAGCGCGGCUCUUCAUCUCGCAGGCUUACAAGAAGGGACUGGGUGAUCAUCUCCAGAUCUUGUCGCAGGACUUUGUCGACGACGAUGAUCUCAUUGAUGCUUGCAUUGGAGUGACAAAAUCUCGUCAAUCCUCGUAAGUUUCUUCUCGGUUUGUAUAGAUCUAAGAUAUAAGUUUGUGGAUCUAUAAGAGCUCAAGGAGCUCCAGUGGAUUUACGAGCGAAAAAGUGUACACUGGAUUGGAUUCUUCUACGAAUAAGAUCGAUGGAAAGUUUGGCGA